ACGGUCCUGCUCAGUACCAUCAGAAUCCUUAAAAAUGUGUUCUGCACAGGCCCACUGGGUAGGUGCUCUGCAAACAGGUGCACCAAACAAUUACACAAACACCUUCUCUGCAUCAUUAGAUUCCAAGCGAAUGGCGUCAUGAGAACGGUGGAGCACUCGCCGAUCAAGCUGACAGCCGACCCUGCAUCACUACGAAUUGGGUCAAUACAAUAAUUCCCAUCUCCCUCUUACGUAGUUCCAUGCUUUCUUCUCUCUCUCUCUCUCUGUGUGUGUGUUUUUUGCCACCUUUCAUUAAUUGUAGACUUCUUCCUCUCGAGCUUCCCAAUCCCAUCCGUUUGGCUUCGGGUUGGUUCUCUCUCUCUCUCUCUCUCUCUCUCUCUCUCUCUCUCUCUCUCUCGAACGCACGCUUGCACACAGCAUCCCGAAAGUGACGGCAUGGUGUAGUGCAUGAGGGUCACGCCGAGGAAAAGCGAGGCUUUGGCAUGAGAUAGUCCACAUUGUGAUGGAAGUCGAGCCCUGUUGAAGACAAUUUACACAUGGAUGUGGCAGACAUUUCCAUGUGAAGUAUUGACUCGAGGGAAUUCGUUGGCUCCGUGUCCAUCUACGAGCCAACUUGGAGAAAUAUUGGAGCAGCAAGUGGUUUGGGCAUUCAAAAGGGAUGAUUCCCUUUGCCAUUCUUGUUUCUAUGCUUUUUGUCGAUAAAGAAAGAGGUGUAAGCAAGUCAAAUGCCCACUGUUACACAGGUGAAACCGAAAGAAACCUCAUGCUAACUCAUUGGCCAUUUCAUCAAACAAAUGCCAAGGGAUCAGUGUCUUGUAGCUUUAAAUACUUCCAAUCUUCUCCACCAUUGCAGCGUUCUUGAGUUGCCUCGAUGUGCAGACUCCGUCUCUGCAAUCCCAUCGAUGGCGGCCUUAUGGGAAACACUGCUGCUUCUGCUCGCCAACCUCUUCUGGGGAGCCAUCGCCGCAAGGCCGUGCUCAGGCUCAGGCUCAGGCUCAGGCUCGGCUUCGGACAUGAACUAUUGCCUUAGCUGGAGGGUGGCGGUGGAAGCUAACAACGCCCAGGCCUGGCGCACCGUUCCUGCACAAUGCACUCACUACGUCGAGGACUACAUGCUCGGAGGCCAAUACAACAGGGACCUUGACACGGCCAUCGACCAGAUCUUUAUCUACCUCAAUGGAACAACCCUUGCAGCUGAUGAUGGCAUGGAUGCUUGGAUCCUCGACGUCGACGACACAUGCCUAUCGAAUCUUCUGUACUACAAGGACAAGCAUUUUGGAGGAGACCCAUAUGAUCCUCUGGCAUUCAAGAGCUGGGCUCAGAAAGGGGUUUGUCCGGCGAUUCCUGCAGUCCUUCAGCUGUAUAAAAGGCUGAUAGAAAAAGGCUUCAAAGUCUUUCUUCUCACUGGAAGAGAUGAAGUGGUGUUCAGCUCAUCAACAUCUCAGAAUCUGCAUGCGCAGGGGUUCACGGGACAUGAGAGGUUGAUACUGAGAAACCAAGCUUACAGAGGACAGGGUGCAGCAGUGUUCAAGUCUGCCAUCAGGAAGCAGCUGGUGUCAGAGGGCUACCGGAUUCGAGGGAACAUCGGGGAUCAGUGGAGCGACUUGUCAGGAGAUUGCAUUGGCAACCGCUUAUUUAAACUGCCUAAUCCCAUGUAUUUUGUUCCAUGAGAGAGUUUGUUGCUCCUCAAGAAGUGUAGAUUGUCAUCCUCUCUCUGGUGCACAGGAACAGUAUCAAUGUUCUGCACAAUUCAAUAAAGCUACAAUAUUGUCAUAUAAA